AUGGCUACAGCCCAGAUGCCAUCUGACAUUCCUAAGCCAUCUUUCGCAAAGGUCGCUGCAUCGGCAUCAAAAGAUUCCCAACCCGUCACUACCGUCAGACCAGUUGCUGCGCCAGCUCAAGCCCGUCCCAGCCAAGCUUCUUCUACCGGUGCCGCCUCCAUACCCGCAUCUGCCACUUCAGACGCAGUUGAUACUCGCCAAUCCGCAAUCAUGAACUCUACGAAGUCUGCGCCGACUGUCGCUAAGCGCGAGCCCACCCUGUCCAAGAAGCCCGAUGCGACCGGUGCCGUGUUGGAUGGAUUGAAGGAUUUGAGCAUUGGGCAACCGACACCGAGCCUUGUUGUGAACGGAACAGGCUCUUCGUACGCUGAGCGAUCAAAAUCUAUAACCAAGGAUGGGUCGGACGACUCCCAGAGAGCUGACUCCAGCUCGGAGCUCGGUACCAAGCCUCCCAGUCUGGACGGAAAGAGUAUUACGUCGGGAACGACCUUUGCGCUGGACGAGAAGGAAUCCCUGAGGCCGGAUGACAGUGCCAGCGUCAAAGCCGCUGCUGCCGAGGACGACGAUUCCUUCUCAUUCCGGGGGCCAAAUCUACCAAACUCCAGAAUGGGUUCCGACAUUGCGGCGCGUGCUAGAGGCAUCAUCCAGCUUGGCGACAUGCCCGAUCGCCGUCUAGCCCAACCUAUCUCCGGCUCCUUGAGCCAAGGCAUGAUCACACCGCAGAGUGCUUCGUCAGAUCAACCACAGAUGCCCAUCCCUAACGCUCUGUCUGCUAAUCUCCCCGACUCUGCCAAUCUCUUGAAUACCAUCUACGGACAGGCACCGGAUGAAAAACUCUUGGAGGCUAUGGCUUCCCCGAAGGAUCGACUGUUUCUAUUGCGAUUGGAGGCCGAAUUGAUCAAAUUUGUUCAAAAUUCCAAAGACCCGUACAUGGACUUUCCGCCUUCAAAUUCAUUUUGUAGGAUGCUCACACAUAAGCUGGCUGACUACUACCGCAUGACGCAUCAGUAUGAAGCUCGUGUGGGAUCUGUCCGAAUCUUCAGAACCCCUUACGCCAGAGUACCUGAGUCGCUUGCUAGUAUCGCUGCUCCGGAAACCAAUGCCGAAACGCCUCCUCCUCCAGCGGUCCUGCCUCGAAAGAUCAUGCGACGUGGGGAGGAUGGGGAAUUCGGUAGCAACAGCGCUUCUCCAUCCAAGGCCACGUCUGAGACCGGCAGUGACUCUAAGGAUAAGUCUGCUGCGGCAAAUCAGAAAUUGUCGAGAGAGCAGCGUGAAGAAGCGUACAAGCAAGCCCGAGAGAGAAUAUUCGGCAAUUCUGAGAAGACUGGGGAAUCUACGCCUGGUAUGUGUGACUAUCACGUUUCCUUCGGACCGCCACUGAUCGUGUUCCAAGAUAACGAAAUCGAAAAUGGCGUUUCACGUGCCAGCUCCGUUUCGGCGAGGGAAAAGCCUGGUGUCAGCAAACGGGGCAAGACUGGGAAGCAGAGACGGGAUGAUUCAGACAGUUUCGACUCGAGACACAACUACACACCAUACUGGGGGCCGCAGCAGCAGACUUGGGUGCCUCAACCUCAGUAUGUUCCUGUGUCAAACCAGUACGGUGCGCCGGUGCAGCAACCGUAUCCCAAUCAGAUCCCCGCAGCCCCUUACAACACUACACCCACGCAAACAUUUGCUCCCAUGAUGCCUAACGCGGGCUACAAUGCGGGCUAUCCUAACAUGACACCGUAUCCGCCUCCGGCAAACCAGGCCCAGUUCCAAGCUCCUCCGAAUGCGAGGAGCUAUGGUGGUUCUGGCCCUACUCCUCCACAGCAAGGUUGGCAACCACAACCAGGGUUCGGACCGGCGCCGGUGCCGAUGACUCCACCUUCGACGGCUAAUGCCACGGCUUACACGCCUCGGGGUAUGUCGGCGCCGCCCAGUCAAAGCACUGUUCCGUACAUGUACGGGCAGUUGCCGGCCAACAUCAACCCGAACGACCCAAAGAGCCAGCAUCCCAUCCCCGGCAGCUACAAUCGUCACGCCUUCAAUCCCAAGACGCAAUCAUUCGUCCCUGGGGGUGGCAUGUCUCCGAUGCAGCCACCACAGCCGCCAUUCAGUGCUCCUGGAUCUCACCACGGUAGCCCCCAGAUCGGCUCACCACAUCUGGCAUACGCCGGUUAUCAGCAGCAAGGACCACCAGCACCUUACGGCUAUGCCAUGGCGAGGCAAGGAUCGAACAACUCGAUUCCUUCCUACCACCCGCCUCCGCCCCAGCACCCUCAUCACUUGAACCCUAUGCCUCAAGCACCGGUUCAUCAUAUUCCUCAACACCCCCCGCAACACAUACCACAAAACCCCUCCCCUCAUAUUCCCAAUAAACCCGCCAUCCCUCAGGGUCCGGCUGGACAGACGUUCAGCCACCUGCCCCACUACGGCAACCCUGCUACUUUGCCGCAAAAGCCAAACAUGGGUAUUUAG